ACAGUUUUCAAUUGUUUGUAGUUUCAACACGUGCAACGUACAACACAUUUUUUAUUAAGCUGUUAUUUUUAAGUUGUAUUAAUAAAAUGGAUGAAAAAACAUUAAUUGAAAGUGUGCACACUCAAAAACAAAAAGUGCACGUUCCUACAAUGUUAACCUUUCAGAAUGGAUCCCUUGGCGCUUCCGCCGAUUUCAGUUUAAUUGAGAACAAAAAGCAGCGCAAUUCACGCAAACGAGCGAUGGUCGUAGCCGGGAGUAAUGUCUACUCUGGUGAUCUGCAGGAGAGUCAAGAAUUCGAUACGUACAUUUGCAUACGUAACAAAAACACCAACAAAGCAACCAUUGUGCCCGUUCAACAAGCAUUGCUCUCCAAUAGCAUCUACAAGACGCUAGAGGCACAAGGUCAACAGCCAUUCUUCAGCAGAGAGCACGCUACAAAGAAGCUGCUCAAAGAGUUUGGAGGUCGCAAAGCUUCGCGCUAUAUGGCCAAUACCGAGGAGAUGAUGGUCAAUGUGGAUGUAGUGCGCCAGGAACUGGAUGAGACUGUUCAAAGCUCAGUGCGCAAUGGCGGAGAUGAUGAAGAGGACGACACAUUGCCCGAGGUGAAUACCAAUAACGCCGAAUACUUGGCCACCAUUGUGCCCGCCUUCGACAAGACUGCAACGAAAGUAGACGAAGUUUAUGAUGUGGAGAAUGUGGUGCCACAAUCGCUGCUUGACCGAUUGGAUGAGGAAGCCAAAAGUGUUUAUGCGACACCAACAGAAAAUUUACCCAUUGAAUCGGAUUAUUUGCGUGAAUGCAUCAAGCGCAUACAGGAGAAACCAAUUGCUUCGAAGCAAGACUUUCUCAACAUCAAGCUGAUCAUCUACAUGGAUGCGCUGCAAUCGCUGAUUUCGUUGCGCAAGCGCCAAAUGAAAUUCGUGGAGCUCUCGCGCAUCACAGAGAAAGUCGAGAACGAUAUACGACAUCGUUUUGCCGAUCCCAAUGCGGCCAAGUCCUGCACACGUACCACGUUCAGCACAGAGAAGGCUCUAACGCAUUUUAUUGUCCUGGCAUUGCUAAUCAGCGAAAAGCACGAAGUGGACUCGAAUACAUUGUCGCGUAUUCUGCGAACAUCGAAGCAACGCAUCGUAACCUAUGCUCACAUUGUGAAUGCACGUCCCAAGGCGCGUUCGGAUUUGCUAACGUUGCGUUUGCCUAGCACGGUGCCACCUCUAAAAGUCUCUGGACGUUUCCAGCGUAAAAAGUAAACAAUAUUUAAGACACCCUGUAUCGGAUUGCAGGCAGCAGCAGCUGCAUCGAUUAAACAAAUUCACAGGGUGUUUUGUUGGCGUUUA